AUGGAGAACAAAACUGGACUUCUGAAGACAUUUUCAGCUGGCGAGCUGAACGUCCUACGUCCUCAUAUUCAACGUAAGUCGUCCAAUUACAUCAUACCACCUAUAGUGCAUGCUCCUCAGCUAUAGGCUUUCCGCUAUUUUUUUUACUAAUUUCUUAAAUUAAAGAGAAUCGCCCUCAUUAAAGUUCCAUUAUUUCAGUCUUAAUUGAAAAGUCCUGUGGACGAUCAUGCCUUCUUAAAAAAAAUAUCCUCCCUACCUGCUCUGGUAGUUUACCACAGAGUCAAACCCCCCUAGCUCUAAUAUAUUUUUUCUGGUCCAGUCGACUAUUCUAAAAUGGUCCGCGUUUUCACAUCUGCCGCGCCAAAACAUCUCUCGUCUGCAUGUUUGUGCGAGUCAUUCCUCGGACAAAAAGCCCCCAUCGUUGUUAAAAAUGACAGGUGGUUCGGCUUUCUCAUGUCUUCCCAUUCACGAGUUUUCUAAAGAUUGAUAAUUUUGGCUCCGUUUUGGUUGCAAUGAUGACAUUGGUGGCACUCACACCAAUCAUUCAGAUCCCUCGUUAGUGAGUGGAACUAUAGCGGAAAGAAUGACUCAACAUACAGUAGGUGCGCGAACUCUGAAGUGUUAACCGAAAUUUUGAAAUGCUUUACCGUUUCGAAAAAAUACCUAAGUAGGGCUUUAAAUUUAAUCGUCAUGCAGCAUAACUCUUUAAUAAAUCAUUUACGUCGAGAUGCUUGCUUUCGAACAAAAGUGUUUCCAGCCGCAUGUAGGAACCCCAUUCUGUGAAAAGUGACAACUUGAGUAGCAAACGUUUUUCCCAUUGAUUUUCGAUACCCUUAAAAUUUCAAUUAUAUUUCAUGGAAAACAUGCAUGAAAAUAUUCAUUCUCUUGCGCAUUUGAUAGAAAGUUACGUUUUCUUCCAAUCUUAUACUCACGGUCGUAAAAAAUCCCAUAAUUAGAAACUUUAAAAUCGAAUUAUGCCCUUCGUUCUAGUACAAAAUUUGGAAAAGACGUAGUUUUCUACCGAGUGGAUAAAAUAAUGAAUAUUUUAUGCAUGUUUUCCAUGAAAUAUAAUCAAAUUUGAAGGGCAUCGAAAAUCGAUAAGAAAAAUGCACGCUAAUUAAGUAGUCGUUUUUCACAAAAUGUGCCUUCUCUGUGGGGCUGGAAAGAAUUUCGCUCGAGAGCCGGCAUCCCAAGGUAACUGAAUUAUUGAAGAAUUAUGCUGUACAAUGAUUAAUUUCAAAACCCUACUGAAGUAAUCUUUUCGAAACGAUAACGCACUUCCGAAUAUCGGUAAACACAUCAUGAGUUAGCAAACCUACUGUAUAUGUGAGUAUGUUGAGCCAUUCCUCCCGCCAUUCCAAGUUCCUACGCCGUCUUCGCUACUUUUGCCAGUGGACUGUAUCUUUGAUCCCAGCCAUCGAGGAAGUUCGUUUUUGGAUCUACGGAGCACGCGCGUGGGCCACAGAAGAUGUCUCUUGAACAGAUGGUCGUGACAGCUGAUCGUCUCUUGCAGUGCAUCCGGGCCAGUUUAAAAAGUGCAGUCACUCACCCUUUUGUCCGAGUUGUCAGCCUCCAUCAUGAAAUAACACAUUUUGAAAUACCGUCUCCUAGAAACGAGUUUUUGAGUGAGAGUUUAUCUCUUUUUGAAUCCGGAGUGGGUUCUGGGGGCUGAAACGCUGUUGGAUACCUUAGACUUGCAGAUACAGCUUACUCCAGAGGAUGGCUUUAACUAAUAGAGUUUGCUCAGGUUAGUUCCCGUGUUUCGUUUCGGAAGCACCUGUAACAAUCAGUAGUGCUGUUGCCUAAUUUGGCGGUGAUUGAGUUGAGGAAUAGGUAACCAGACCUGCGACAGACCAUUGAACCUAUGUGGAAUGCAGGCUUUUCAAUGGCGAAUCAGUUCGACCAUCACGGGCGACGAUUUCCACCGUGGGAGAGCAGAGAGUCACUUCCCACACACACGCGCGGCAGAACCCAACAGCGUGAAAUUUAGUGUAAUGCAAUGUUUAUGUUACCUGCCUUUGCGAAAGGUACCUAGCAGGCCGCGACUUGGACAGUAUAUAAAUGCCUGACACCGGCAAGUGCUUCUGCCGUGCCACUGAAAUAUGACGGGUUGAUUGUCGCAAUUGCCCCAAAUGACGGAGUCAGGGCUUCACACUUUCAUUGAAAAUCGGCAUCCCGGAUGGCUGACUUCUUACAUCUUCUUGUGGAUGUUGUUCGUCUCAAAAUUCUUUGCGUUGUACACUUCAGCUAUUCGCAUCUGAAGUAUGCUGAAAGAAGCUUUUAGGAUGGCUACACUCCGAAAACCAGACUGGGCUGACUCUUUGAACAGUGGUUGCGUGGGGUGUCUAUAUGGAGCUCACGGUAUCCUGUAGUACCUGAGUUUGAGGGUGAAAAUUUCCAUCUGCCCUCCGGCCAUAUCCUAAGGUUUAGGAAUUGUGUCGGACGGCGGCGGUUAGCCCUUAUCAGAUGGCCGGCAGCAUUCGCCAGAGUGGCAUCUGACCAUUUAAUCUCCAACCGAUUUGCUAGUCGCCACCCGGCCUCACCAGAUAGUAUUGCCGUUGCAUGUCCUGUGGCUAAAUAUUCGUCGGUCAAAAGGGCCCAUUUCACCGCUAAUCUUCAAUGAAGACCGUUGGAUUAUCUGCCGCCUACAGACGUGCUGACAGGCAGAUCGCGUUAGCAGGGGUUUCUGUUGAAUCCAGGAUCAACAGGAUUAGCGAAAAUGGGUUCCGCCAGGUUUUGGUAAAAGCCAGGCUGUACGGUCUCCUUUGCGGUCAAGGAGCAUGGUAAUUGGUUGAAUUUUGCCCUAGAGUAUGCGGCCGACCGUCUAAAAUAGGUUUAAAUACUUGGACCGGAAUUACAUUGUAGCAUUCACUAUUAUUCCUGUCAAAAAUGCAGAUACAGUAGCGACAUUGACAGAUACAGAGACUAUUCAAAGGUUUCUGUGCUGGAGGUCAGAACGAACUUCAGCCCAAUGCCUUGGUCAUUUAUGUCCUUGGUAGUUUCGUUGAAAUAGUUUCCUUCUCCUUAGUACACUGCUACCACUUCGUUUCUAUACAUCCUCCGAGUAGCUACGACCUGGUUUGUCGAGUUCGAGUCAGAACUAGGAAAAUACCGCUGUUAGACCUCUCACCGGCUUGUAAGCUCUCAAAAGAGUUUUGAAAAGUCAAUAUUUCCGACAGAUUUCCGAUCGGUUUCUGUCCUCAUUAUCAUACGCCACCACAUUGCCUUAAAAUUCAUCCAUCUUCUCCAAACUGGAAGUUCUUUGCGGUUGCAGUCAGCACUUGCUCGGUUGUCGGAAAGUGCGACCGAACCAGUCAAGGCGACUCCAUUUGAUCACAAAACCCGUUUGAUGAGCCGUCUGUCUGUCAGGCCCCAAUCAUUUGUUAACCUCUGGCCUAAACGAUAGGGCUUCACUCGGGCAGCGUGCAGAUAUGUCCUUACGUCCUCGAAGUGUUAGACCGUUUACCCUCCUAGAACAGUACUCACCUUUUAUGGCUUUUUAGUAUAUCUGGUCGAGUUUCAGGAGCAUGUUAUUCAUAAAAAGUCCAGAUGCAUGCUAUAUUUCCUAAUAGAUACGGUCAAAGUUAAGGUUAUUCCUGUUUUCAUUUUCGCCUCCAGAGCAUUCGUUCAUCGCCACCUCAUCCUCUCCCUCCUCCUCGCCACUUUUUGGCGCUAAACAAACCACUCGAUGCUCCUCAGCCAGUGAAAUUACUCGGCACAAACCACCCGCUGCAGGGUUACAUGUCCCCCGUUAUCACCGCAGUCGGUGUCGUAAAUCUAUUUGCAGCAGCGGCGGCCCCAGCAAUAGUAGCCCCCUGCGAGUAGGCUCCGAUACUUCCCACUCCUCUCCACCCUCCACUGCCUUUUCUCCUACAUGGCCCAUGCAGUUGCAUAGUACUGGGUCGGAGUCCCCGCCGCCUUUUCCUCCGCCUCCUGCACCAAGGACCGUUCGACGAGAACUGGCUGCUGAAGAGUCCCUGGCCAACCUCCGAGCGUCCGACCUUGGCUACUGUCGUUUGGAUGAGGCCUCAUGCCAAGAAGGUGAGCCGGUGACUCAUUUCUUUUCUCUCCGUCUCUAAGGUCUCUUGGACGUUGUAUAACUUUAUCUUCUCGUAAGGUAUAGUACCUUUUUCGGUCCUGAUCAAAGAGGACGUACUUAGUUACAUUUUCCCUUCAUUCCUGCCGCUUCCACAUAGUCAGCGUGUUCAGCGUUGCGUUUUCAGCUGAUAGUUGAAACCAGACCCAACGGCCUGCCCAGUGGGAUGGUUUAACCCUCUUAAGGACCGGUUGUGUAUAGCCACCUCUGUUGACUGUUUUUCGUCUCCCGUGCUACCCCACACCAUCACAGUCUUUUUACAUAGCCUUUAUACACCCCUCUUUCAGGGAGGGGAGGUGGUAGUCCGGGGACAGCGGUGUCUUGAAGACAAAACCCAAACAGAAAAUGACGAUGAUGUUAAUUACAUAUAGACCACACGAAAGUCCAGAAUUAGGGUCAGUGCUGAUUCCACCGGCUGCAGCGUUGGGCGGGAGCUGUAGUUGAUGAGAGAUGACAUUCAGCAUGUUGUAAUUUGUCUGCGUUUUGUGGCCUUCUGUGGGAAUCCGAUUUGCCAUGUCAGUGUGCAACCACGCCUGAAGGUGUUUGCCACUCUGUGAUCGACCACCGUUUAUUCCCAAGACCCCAAAGCCUGCCCACUAUCCGCCCCACGUGAGGACUGGCCAGUAGACUGCUAAUAGGCGGACGCCGUCUCCUCGAUGCUCCCGCCACGCCGGACACGAGGUGAUGACACAACAAUUAGCAUGCCUGGAAUUUAUGACCGGCCGGUUUUCUCUACCUUAAUUUACACUUACUUCCACCGUCAUUAUUACCUUGUCAGCAGACUUGAAGAACCCUAAGUCUUCUGGUAGGGUGAUCCAAAGAUAAAAGGACUAAAUAGCCCUAGAAGUUAGCGUGACUUACUGAGUGGUAUUUCGAGAGAGACGCUUUUGUUAGCGUCAGGGUCGGCGGGUUUUCGCUGCAAGCAAGCACUGCGCUGAGUAACGACGGGGACGAUGAUGAUGGUUGUGGUAAUAGUGAUGAUGGUUACGACCAUGCUGUCGUUGGUGGUGAUGAUGCAUUUUAUGGUGAAUCAUGAAAUGUCAGUCAAACAGAAUUCUCGUCUCAGUGACCAAUUCUCCUUCAGCUUGACUUCUAUUUGGAACGAAUCUUCACAUGCAUUGGAAAAUUGCUUGCUAUGCAAUCCGGCAUACCGUUCACGUAGGGGAUGCGUGCGAUGAUAUUAUUCGGUUAGUCAGUUUCUUUACCUAUAUUCAGAGAAACUGCCUCUCGUUAUCGCUCUAGACUCUGUUGAAAUAUGCAACUGUUUAUGGAAGUAUAAGGACUCAGAGUGACAUUUACUCUACAGAAGUUUGGCACGCCUAUACUAUUUUCCUGCGUCUUCUGAAUCAACCGAAUCUUAGUGUUUCAAAGUAAGGUUUCCAGUUAAUGACAAUGAACGUUGUAGGGGUUUGUUUAGCAGUUUAUUCAGAUUGAAAGUGUGGUGUACUAAGGAGAAGUUUUCCCGUUAGCCCAGCUGCUGAGUACUCGACAUGUGCACGUAUGACAGAUAGUGAAUCGGUCUUUAGUGAAAGCAAGCUCUCCGGCUAUCCAAUGACAGUUUUGCCAGGACGCUGAGAUCUACUGUUUCGCAUGCCGGUUGCUCUAAAAUACCCCCAAAGCCCGAUGACGACACUGUUACACGGCUACCGUUAAAUAAGUUUACUUGCCACUGUUGCCUCACCGCGAAAAACCCACCUGGACCACUGCUGUUGAUUCGCCUGUACUCGCACUUCUUAAGAAACCCUAUGAGAAACCCCCGAUUUCAGUAAUGCGAUCUAUACUGCAGCGUCCACACGAUACAACCGGGUCACGGAACCAUUGUCCAGUGGUGUGAUCUGGACUACUUAAUCAGAAACGAUCACUGGGUACUGGAUGCGGAUGCUCCUCGACACCGACACAUGAGGUCCGACAGGGCACAGUCAUUUUCAGCGUGAAGUGGGUGUCAGCAAUGUGCAUGAACUCUGAUUUGUAGACUUAGCUUCGGAAAAUCAAGACCCCUGGAGAUUGACGGCCCAUACGACUUCUCCGGUAGACACGAUGUGACGAUUGCCAGCGCAACAGGCGAACCAUGCGCGGGGACCAGCCGAUGAUGGACCAGCUUACGUGCGACCAAAAAGCGCCUUGCGAAUGUCGGUGCAUUUUCUAUCUGGUUGCCACCAAAAAUGCAGGAAAUGGUUGCAAGACCGCGAACGGUUUAUUGCUGUCUGUGGCUAAAAUGACCAGCCUGAAUCAGGUGACUGUUCAAAAAAGCCGCCUGAAAGUUCGCCUCUCUUCUGCACCUAAAAUAUUUCGCGCAAGGCAAUUCAAUGUCGCAAAAUUACGACAACCAAACACAGUCGAGACUUACAGCGCGGAAAUUUGUUCUUACUAUGCAUCAGACUAUGUAGCAGACGACCGACGACUUUACUACUCACACUUCCGGCUUCGUUCGAGCGCCAGUACUAGUCCUUCUGGUGUUUUUCAGGCAACGGUAUAGAGAAUGACCCCACUUUACUGUCGGUAGACUGUGGAUCCUGUCACGCGUGAUUGGUGAUAAGGGGACUUUUAUGGGGGAGCCAGCAAACUAGACAGUAAGUUGAAAAAUGCAGGAAAAUGCAGAAACCAUUCGGAUUUCUCCCGAAAGACUCAUCGUACGCUUUCGUACGACAACGGAAAUGAGCGCGGUAACUAAAAAUAAACAAAAAGUAAACUCCAAGAAAUAAAGAAGUUUGAGUGAUGGUUUGAAGUUAUGGCAAGUGUAAUGUUUGCAAAGGCCUGCGAAUGAAUGCCAAGAUAAGAGCCCGUAUGACGUGAUCCACAGUCCGCCAUCCGUUAAGCGGGGUCCUUCUCCAUACCGUUACCGUUUUUCAAUCUUUGCAGCCGAAAAAUCAUCACAUUACUAUCCUCUACGGCAAAGUUUCAUCCUUCUCUGCCCCAUGGAGCAAAAAAUACGACCGUAAGCCCGACGUUGCACAGCAACAAGACGUCCUGAGAGGGCGGUGUCUUCGUUGAGAUCUACAAGUCUCGUGCCGACACUGACGCCCUGCUUCUGUAAGAUGCCUGAAUACACAUGGGGAGAUGGAGCCAAUCCUGACGACCGCGGCUUGCCCAUCCUUAUAUCUUGCAUCAGGAAGAGGGUAAAGGCGAAAUGCGAGAUCUCCCACGGUAUAAGUCCCACCAACAUUGCUGUAAGGGUCUGCUGUUGCAAUUUUGCAGACCAGUUUACUGUGUUCGCGACUCCAGACCUACAGUGAGUGACCGAUCCCAUGCAAUGUCAGUCGAAAUUCUGAAAUGCGCUUUUGAUUAGGAAGGGUUACCCUGGUGGGGUUGUCACACUGAUUAUCAUGCGGCAAAAUCCUAUACUAUUUUGGACUUACCAGAGUUUUGGCUUGUAAAUGCACUUCAUUUCGACCUGUAAAACAUAUACCCCCUAAAAAUGUUUACUUGAGCAGUGUGUGUUUUGAGAUUGAUUACAUACGGCGCUAUGAACCCAAAUAUAUUUUAUGGAGAACAUGCGAAAAUAUGCUUUCUUUUGCUCAGUUGACAGCUAAUUAUUUUCUAUCCGUACUUUUUACUCGAAGAGAAACUACCUGUCCGUCGUUGAAAAGUUCCUGAUUGUGAGAUUUUUUAAGACCGUGAAAUAUAUAUUUAUGCAGCAUCAUGUCUGUAUGUUUAUUAAUGCUCUUUCUUACUCAUAUGGCAGCGAAUCGCAUCAUCUUCCCACUUUAUAAUAGAAGAACGAGUGUUUUUUAGUUUCAAAAGAUUUUCUAAUUAUGAGUUUUUCUAAGAUCUUCCAAUGUCCAUUCAUACAGCAUCGUAUCUGUCCGUUUAUUAAUAUUCCUCACGAAGUAUACAACAUACUUUGCAUCCAUUAUAAAAUUUCGUGAAAUCUACACGGUAUUUUCUUAAGAGGUCAAAAGGGAGUGUAUAUAAAAUCCAGCCUUUUUAAGUCCAAAAUAUUAGAGGAUUUUGCUACAUGAUAAUCGAUAUUACAUCGUCACCUAAAUAAUCUUCCCUAGUCGAAAAUGCAUUUCAGAGACAUUUCAUGCGAUCGGUCACUCGCUGUAGCUCCAACGAAGCCAUACACCGAGCUGGACGUGCAUGCUACGUUCUCGGACGGUUUGCUGGCAAACGUCAUCCCUGCGAUCAAGGCCUACGUUCACAUCAGCACUGCGCCACCUCUGGUCCAUAACAAUCUCCCAACCGCUCAACAUUCGGUCUGUCGUUGGGCUUGGUCGCAUUCAGCUGCUCAUACUGUUUAAAUACAUCACUGCCUCGAUUGUCAGCAGAACCGCGCGAUUUUAAGGGAGCUGAGAGCCGACCGACCGACUACGCUGAAGAUAUCGUCCUGCCAGUGUCAAGAUAUGAAGACCCACAGAGUGCCUUGGUUGUGGAUGAAUGAGCUUGCUAAAUUUAUCAUUUCUCGCACCAGCACUGGGUAGACCAAAGGGUCUCCAAGCUGUGCUUUCAACCAGAAGAAGGCACCACUGAAGAUUAAUAGUUGAAGAAGUGGACAGUGGCACUAAAAUGUUGCCAAAUGGGCAGAGUGGGGAUGAUAUCGUUGCCCUCUGGGUUUUCAUAAGCGUAGAAAGUAUCCCAUGGUCUUUUCGUGACCUCCUCCUCGUCACGAACAUCCGGGCGUGCCGAACACCCGUUCGGUCGUCAGUCAUCAGUUGAGUGGAAUAUGAUCAAAAACUGGAAGGGUUUGAUCACUGUUGCCAGAGGACCAUCCUCUAACACCACCGACAGUUCGACUGUCGAAUGAGACUGUCAGCACCCCCUACGACAUCGCGAGGAGAUCCAAGGACACGCAAGAAAGAUUGUCCUUUUGUUUGUCGCCCGCCGCUCUUGUCCAGUGUUGCUCUUGCUCCGCUGCCUACCUGAAUGCUAAGAAGAGAAGGUCGGCUGAAAACUUGACUCGACCAGUCCGUCGAGACAUGAAAGUGGUCCUUUGGCCUUUAUUUUGAUGUCUUCGUCGCCGCAGAUGGCCAUUGGUUGGGCUCUCAGGAUCCACUGUCGUAAAUCACCACGUAUGGGGAGGUAGAAUCUGUGAUAUAAUCGGGAUCACCAACGUCGGGCAUAGCCACAGUCUUAGCAAAAAGAAGCAAGUGCUGAUGAUUUCACAGUGCCUUGGAUCUCUGCUGUAAUGCCCUGCGGUCUGUUUCAGCUUAUGGGCGAGAUAUAACCGACUAAUAGUGCUGAAUAACAGACAAAUGGUCAUUCCAGUCUUUCUCGCAUUCACCAGUAACAGUUGUUAAUGAUGACUUUUCUUCACAGCCUUUGCCCUUCGUCUUUCAUUGUGCAUAUUUUCCUAAUCAUCACAGGCCCCCGCAUACACGUCCCCUCAGUCAGAGUCGGAGGCACUCCUCCGCUCCUCCAGUGCAUUACGAAACCUACCUCACUGACCCCAAUUUCCGCAACUCGACGACGAGAGUUUGCAGCCCAAUUUAGGGAUCUCUUUCAUCCAAAACAGAAGCUGCAGCAACAUGACAUUUCUGGGAGGACAGGGCUUCUGGUUAGCUGGGAGGACGCCUCCCGUCUGUUUCAGACACAAUUUGGCAUCUCCUCUUCCGUCGCCCUGGCGAUAUGGUGCGUAAGCGUAUCUUCUCCCUUCCUUUCAACUGGUCCACCAAUCUGCCCUUACUAAUCCAUUUUUCCGCAAGUGUCUCAACAAACAUUUGGAAGUGACACUGAUCCUCUCACACAAGUCAUGUUUGGCUUCUCCUUUUGUUGUUCUCGUUGACCUCCUACCAGGCGACACUGAUAAGACCCACCAAAGAAGGUGCCAGCCGAACAGACCAAAAUUUUUUAAAAGACAAAUUUUUGACUUUUUCCAUUUUCCUGUUAGUAGCACUCUUGUCUUGCAUCAUGGAUCCAUUGAGAACAUUUCAAUUACAGUCUAAAUGUCAUUUGUUGUACCACACUGAUCAUCAGCAGAAUUUAUGGCUUCGGUAUCCACAGUUUUCACCGAACCCCUUAUCCAUAUCCGUCUCCCUGAAAGCUAAUGCCACAGGCUGGAAGACAGACAAUUCCGGGUCGGAUAUGGUUUGGUAGCCCCACCUGAAGUAAACAAACCCCAGUCACCUCUAAUACGGGACCGGUGGUCAUAGGAGUUUUUACAGGUGGAGCCGGGGAACGCACAGGCGACGAGGUCAAGCAGUUGGGUGCAAAAGAAAAGCUAUCGGGGAUGCGCGGUCGCACUUUGAGUGGUUGAGAAAUUGUUGCGCUAACCCCUAACCCUAGCCACUAACUUUAACCCUUAAUCCUAUACACCAACCCCCUAACCAUAACCCUUAAUCCCAACCCCAACAGUAUUGUAUCUAUCAGGUAGGGCCACCAAACCACAUCUUACCCAAUUCCGUUCUCCGACUAUGCCCUAUUCUUGGGUGGAGAGCAAGUGUUUUAUCAGAAGGUGGCUGCUAAAUGUUUGGCCAGACAAGUGAAAUUGAUUUUGUGUUGAAGUGCUGUUCUCAUGACAUUCUUCUUAGGGCUUCUGACGGUUUCCACGAACAGUUAUAUUUGGAGCUGAUGACUGAAUUUUUACUGAGUCAAGCGACAGUCAGUUAAUUGGGUCUGAGCAGAUAUGUACUUACUUCUCUGCAAGCCCAUGCACCUUUUAAAAAUUCUAGGGAGAUCCAUAACUGCGCAGGUGAUAAUCAGUUAUGUCGGUUUGGAUUGUCGGCGUAGGGCGGGAGAGGUGACUAGGCAUAAAUCGGCAGAACGAGGAUUUCGACCAGUUAGCCUACUCACAACUGCAUGCAGACUUUGUCUGUGACAGCAGCGGGAUCUGCAAGAGGGUUUUUUGUAGGAAUGGUUUGCAUAGCAUGAUCUUGCCGUCGUCCCUGCCGUUUUGGAUAUGUAUUUUUGAAUUGACUUCAAAUAGCUCUUCGGCACUCCACAGACUGGGCGAAAAAUCCCCAUCUGCGUCCACGCUUGAUCACUCUAUGCCGGCAGAGCUAUGUCGCGACAGGAUUUUCCCUUAUCUACUUACUUGACUGAUGAUCCGUCUGACUUGAGGUGUUCUCAGCAAGAACAGCUGAGAGGUAUUUGUACGUAGUCUGCGAGUAGCAACUUAUCGUUGCCUUAGAGAACAUUUUCCCUCGUUCUACGCCUUCAAUACGAGGUUGACAAAGCAGUAGACGACUGUCUAUUUUCUGGACUCACAAUUUCUUUGAUGACCUGUUCUUUAAGGUGACAACAAAUCCAGUUAUUUUGCUCUACUUGCUAUCCGUAGUUGGGCCUUUGGAAAUAAUCUGUUAUCAACGUUGUUUUCUUCCGAGCAUUUGCAGCCUAAAAGAUGCUAUUCUGGCAAAACGUGGACGAAUCUCCGUUCUUCGAUUUAUUUCAUGAGUUAAACUCCCCCCUCCUCCUCCUCCUCCUCCUCCUCCUCCUCGCCCUUCCCCUUCCCCCCUCAGUAUCCACAAUCCCAUUUUCUGUUUCUCACUCCUUCCAAAAAUCCGUUUUCAAAAGGAGUCUCGUUAUCGCUAGAAACACGUGACUUCUAUAUUUUGAAGUGCGACCAGCAAACUUUGGUAUUGCGGACCAUUUCCGCCGACCUGUUUGGGUGUUGCAACGUGUGCCGUGAUUUAUAGAGAGGUAAAUUGUAAACCAGACUGUAUUCGUGAAAUUUGUCGAGGUAAUGAUAGUACAAAGUAUAAAAUUCGAGUCAGAAUGAAGUAAGACGCGGAGAGGUUAUGCUGCUCGUGUCAAGACGUUGACUAUAUAAAAACGUAGACUGAUUCUUUCCAACCCAUGAGACAUUUACCUGUUCUUAUGUAUUACGACUUUCAUUGUUCGCAUCUGAUUUCCGGCAGACGGGUGUACUUGUGUUUGGCAGUAUGCCCUGGUCGACCAGCAUGCUUGUCCCAGUUCAGCCCGUGAAUGCUGCUGCUUUUCGGUGUUAUGUCUUAGGAGAACUAGGACGUGCUUAGAUGAUAGGUGUAUAGCGUUACGUUCUUGGUACUACGUCGUAUUGCAAUCUGCCAGCAUCAAACCUAACGCUUGUCAUGCGUGGGGAUUUCUGUCUGUUUUUUAAGACACUGAAAUAUCGAUCGAAGUUUGCUGACAUUUCUUAGGAUGUCGUGUAGUGCUUAAGUGAAUUUGGGAACUUGAUCAUCAGAAAACGUAAUUUCAUUUCCCGUCUUCCACAAUGGUUAGCUGUUUGUUGAGUGAACAUCGUUUCAGCAGACUGUGCUGAAACGCUAUUUCAGCGGUGUACGUAUUUUCCGUUCAUUGUCGGUGCUUAAAUAAAUCAAGUCAUAUUACAGAUAAAAUACGCGUAAAACUUCUCUCAUGUAAUCACUUUUUAAUCUAUAAUUUUCUUGCGUGAAGGAAGGAUGGAAUUAUUUUAGUUUUCGAUGUUUGGUAGUUAUGGGUCUUCUCUAGGCGCUCAUAUAGUUAUGCUUGUAUGGUGAUACAAUCAUGCAUAUUACGGCUGUUCGCCAGUUAUCACCCUGCAGUAUUACCUGAGCUCUGCCAAAAUACCUCUAGAAGAAUUCUUUGUAGAAAAAUUUAGGGAUGUGCGGAUUCGACACACAAAGCCUUAGGAGUAAAUAAAAACGCGUCUGCGUUUCAGGUUUAAGUAUAUGUAAACUUCAAAGAUCUAACUACUCUCUUCGUUUUGGUACAUACUUUAGAGAUGUACCUCGUCGAGGCCCAGCGACGUGUGUCAUCCUCCCCCUUCUGACCCGUUUUUGCUGUUAAAAUCCUGGUCAAGUGUUUUUUGUGGAUCAGGGGAUGCGGUUGCACGCUUAGGUGCGGGUCUGGCCGCGCCAGCCACCUGCUCUCUCUCUCCCGCCCUCGGUCUUCUUGACUAUGUCUUGACACCGGGCCCAGGUGGGGGAGGAGAGAGUGUGGUAUAUUCUGCGCAAGUCUGCUAUCACUAUGAGCUAAUUCACGCUCAAGUCACCGUGUCUGCUUCACCUUGCUGUGGAGCACACAGUGGACGUCGUCGGAUACAACGUUCGAACUGCCUACCGAUCUGAAAUGAUGCCCAUCCUACGAAUGCAUUUGAAGUAAAUUCUUGGCUUCUGAGCCGUCUUUAUUAGGUAGUAGUCUUGCAUUAUGAAGUCUGUGUGCUGGUUACUUGUCAUUUGUGGGCACUUUUUCCUUCCCCCCUGUCUCUCUACAGGAAACAGAUGGAUUCGGACGGCGACCUGAAGCUGAAUGAAUCUGAGUACUGCCUAGCCGCAAGUUUGGCUGAGAAGGUUGCCUCCACCGGCUUCAAUCUGCUGGAGGCAAAUGGCUUGGCACACACACUCGAGACGGAGAAUACCAUGACUCGUCCAUUUGAAACUUCCUCCCUACUAGAUGAGAGUCGAUAUCUUCUCCUAUCACCGGCGUCUGCGAGCCUUCUCACUCCUGAUGUUUCCGGUUAGUUGUUUGCCUCUUCGCCCCUUUUCGUCUAAGAUCACCGCUGACGCAGGAUAAGUCGUGGUGGCUGCGGUUCUGCGCGUAAAGCCUCAUCUACGUCAGCUGGCCCUCGAUGGACAGAGUUACAGAUACGCUGGAUCAUAAGUGGGUCUCAUGGACUCGCAACACGCGCCAAUCAGGUAGUGCAGAGUGCGCGAGUUCAUAACUAGGAGGGCUGUGAUGGCACGCCUAGACAUAAGCCCGCACUCCACGUCAACCCCUGCGUACAGUCCAACCACCGGCCAGUUCACAGACUCAGACAGUCGAGGGAUGCAUGGGACAGGGAAGCGGGGGUGAGACGGACACAGGGGAAUCUCUCUUCACAGCACAUAAACGCAUUCCUCGCUGUAAUAAAUCGGACGUCUUUAAACCUAUCACGAAGCACUGAGACUCAUGGCUUUGACGGUCGCCAACUGAUGGGAUAACUCGGUCCAUCUCAGAACUGGCAGUCAGACUGCAAUGGGUCCUUUUUAAUGCGGCCCUCAUGACACUCUGCGAGACCUGCGCCGCCCUCAAGGAAUUCCGGCACAGCUUGUGAGGACAAGAUCGUGUAGCUUUGUCAGCCAUUGCGCCCGAGCCCAGCCAGUCGCCAUAGCAUUGGCUUGCCAUCAGGACCUGGUGGACUGUAGGUGCUGCGCAAGUCCUCCCGUUGUCGCAGUGACUACGUGGAACACGCGGUGGACACAGUCACUUAGGACGGUCGACUUGUCGCGUUGUCAUAUGUGUUAACACCGUGACCGGAAUGGUCGCCAAGUGACUGGAUAGCUCGGUCCUACCCGGGCUGGGAAUGACUCACUCUUCCACUUAUGUGAAAUCCGAGACCCCUCGUCGAAGGCCGGUUCGUGUAGAGUUAGGGAGCACCGCAUUCGUGUUACGCGCAUGUGUGCCUUCAGCCCUAUCAAACAGUACACACACACUUCUCUGUAUGCAGUGAUCAUGACUCAUUCCUGCAUUAGAAUAAGUUGGGUGUGGGUAGGUUGGGUGAGAUAGACGCCGCGAAAGUCUCCUUUACGAUAAAACAACCCACGCGUAAGUCGUUUCAGAUUCCUACUAGAACAGCGGUGGUCUUUGUCGCUUGCGACAGAGGAGCUGUCAUGUGUCUGCACAGGUCCCCCGUGAUAAGCGUUGCUAUCGCGUAGGAUCCAUACAGGGACCCGUGCUUUGUAGGAAACCAGUGUUCGGACGAAGUCACGUUUGGUAAGUGCAAGGAACUAACACCCUGAAGAGGGGGAUGACUGCAUGGUCAGCCGUGGCGUUUGAUUUCAUGUAUAGUUGGCCUGGCAUGAGAUGAAGCAGGAAGUGAGAGAAUGAGACGCGCCCCCCGCAAUCCUCUCUCGCCACUUUACACAUUCAAACAAUCACAAUACGCUACAAUUUGUCGACUGCUGGGACAAAUCAGUCCUUGAGACCGGGCAAGGAUAUAAUGACGGCUGUUAUCUCAAAUCUUACGGACACCGUCUUGGAGUGUAGGGAGCGUGGCUCGUUUGCUUAGUGGGACCAGGAUGUGUGGAGUGGGCAGACUGCCGGGUCAACUUUCGCGUCAAAUCUAAUCUCCGGCCGCAGGUAAUGAUGGCCCUGUCAAGCACUACAGACGACUUGUAUUUCGUUUCAAUUGCUUGCUUUUUUGAGUACCUUCACAGCAACCAUGUGUUGGAGGUUACGCAAACCAGAAAUAACCUCGGCAUGUCACUUCAUAAAGUAAAAACAGCCUCAGAAAAGGGAUAAUGAGAAGAAGUCUGUACUUUAGACAAAACAAUUGCAUUCUCCCGACAUUCUAAGCCCCAGCUUUUCAGCGGGAGGGGGGGGGGUAAACAAGUAGUUGAAAUCGACAUUUUUAUUUGAGUCCUUUUCAGAGGGCUGAUAUAAACCCUUCCACGACAUCAGCAUCGGCGUUGGAGAAGGUUAUGUGCAAGUUAAUUAGUUGCACAGAGAAACUACCUGGGUCAUCUAUAAUUAAGACGGCGCGUGUAAGUUAGCCUGACCAUAUCAGUCAGGCGGGCAGUCGUUUACGCGGUCGUGGUUCUCGUUUGUGAAGUUACUUGACUAUCGCUAAUCACUGAAUAUUUUUCGUGUACUCGAAGCGUAUUUGCGACACAGGACGUCUGCCUUUUAUACUGCCCUGGGAUGUGGAAGUUGCAUUGCUGAGCAAUGACAUGAUUGCGCUGUGUUAAGCAUCUCACCUCAUCCCUGACCUUCCAGUCAUUGUCCAAGAGCAUUUACGCACAAAAAGACUGUGACCACAUCCCUGCGAUCCUCCCUUCCACUGCCCGAGCCACCAGUGACCGAUGUAUCAUCCUGUUCGAAUGGUCGACGGAGGGACUGAUUGUUCUUGUGUACUCCUGAUUGGUCGCCAAGACAGCCUACUCAGUUUGUUGGCCACCCUUUCUCUCCUUCUGGAUGAGCAAGUGUGAAGAUUUCUUUUCGGGGUUAUUAGGAGCACGUUUACCAUACGUCUUUUGUCGAGCUGGUAAUGUAGGGCCUGACGGACCCUUGGGGAGGGGGAUUGGUAAAACAAUCGUCUCCCAUUCUCCCAUUCACAUGGUAAACGUCUGUUUUACGAGGUUUUUCCCCUAGGUGGAUUCCCGGUCCACCGGUUUACUGGCUUCAAGAUCACUUAUCAGGUUUUACGCCAUCAGCAUUGAAACGGCAUUGUUGAACACUGGAGAUGAUUUGCUAACUUCUUUGUUUGACUCGAGGCUGGAUUUCGCCAACAUCACUUUGGCUAAUUAAAGCCAGCUUCCUUCCUGCCUGCCUCUCCCGCUCUGUGCUGUCAUAAUUUUAUAGAACAAUUACGGUUAGGGCAUCAUGGCCUCAAACUCGGCUCUCCGUUUGCCUCCCUCUUCUAUUUCUGCUUCCGCCCUUCACUAAUCUCUCUCUUCCCUCGGUAGAUCAGCGUCCCUAGAUUAGACGCGAAUCACAUUGCCGCACAUUUUACACUCCAGAGCCUCUGCCAAAUAUUAUGUGCAAUGUGGUCUUUGGUUUGCGCCUUCUGCUCUGUUACCACACAGCCAUAUUUUUUCGCCGUCCCGUUGUUCCAGAGGAAAGUGACCUUGUCAGUCGCGGUGGGGGUGAUGUUCGGCAGCCUGCGAUGAUCCGUUCGGAGCAGCCCUACGAAUCGGACAGCGCCUCCCUGCUAAGCGACUACUCGUUCUCCAGACUCGCCGAGCGCGGUUCGUUGGCAUGUGGGGUACCCCUGCCUGCCGGCCAGUCCACGUGUCCUCACAGUUCUCCUCUGGCGUUGCCCAAUCACAUAUCUUCCAACCUGGAGGGCCUCUCGGGUUUGGGUGAGCCAUCAUUUCCCCCUCACCUCCUCCUCCUCCUCUUCCUCCUCCUCCUCCUCCUCUUCCUCCUCCUCCUCCUCCUCCUCCUCCUCCUCAUCCUCCUCCCCGCUCCCUCCCCCUCCCCUCCUCCUCCCCCUUCUUCCCGGCAUCCUCACCACACCGCUCCUAUUUCUCAUAUUUUUGCUACUCACUUCCUUGGGUGUAUGAUUUUUCCUUCAAGAUCGAGUUAUUCACUCUUUACGCCUCCCCGCCGCAGUCAAAUUACAGAGUUGCUAGGCUAAAAGGAAACUCAUGUAAGUUUGCCCCAUAAAUGCGUUGGGUUCUUCAGCAUGGAGCAGUUAACUGAUUAUGGUCAAAUGCUGGUGGGCAACGGAGGGCAGCAAAGGGGGAGAGUGGUACCACGGCCGUUGUUGGGACAGACGGUCGUGGCAACAGUUUCUCUAACAAGGCGCUUCAAGGUGUCUUUGGGGUCGUAAAAGUAGAGUCGCACCUGGGUCGCAGUUGGAAUGGGCCGCAGCGAGCAAGUUUGGUCACGAUGGAUUUUCUACUCCCCCCCCCCCGCUGUAGUAUACCGCUUGUCUAUUUUGGUUUUAGUUUGUAGUAAAUUGAGAGCGUUCUCAUCAAAACUGGUCCGUGUGGGAGUAUCCUGGUCACCUGCAAAACGUAAAGCCUUUCUUCUUUGCCAGUUUGCGAAGACGACUGUAUCACGAACAAGCAUCCUCCUUAUCGGAGACGAGACAAUCCUUCAUAAAAAGUAGGAGUGCAAACUUGGGGGCUGAACCGUUAUUAAUGAAGACGGAUCGAAAAUCAGAACCAUCUUCUUGUUUAACCGAGCGUGCCGUUUAACCUGCGUCCGUGAUCUUGACCUCCAGAGUAAGUCCUUCGGUUGAUGUAGUACUUCAGCUGAGAACGGUCUCACCAUCGCAAUCGAAAGUGUCCGCCUUCUGUCCGCCGGACAAUCUGGGAGUUCGCAUCUGCCUUUCUUUGCAACCGAUUUCCUCGACUUUAUUGCUGUCGCUGUCCUCACAGCCGAUCAUGUAGACCAUACAUGGUCGAUAGUCGAGUUCCGAUUCCUUGUGGAUCUCCAAUAGUGUCUGCUAAAUAGGUUGCUAUGCCUGACAUGAUACCAAACGGUAGCUCACCACCACCGCAAAACCGAAGCACCUCCAGCACCUCCCUAUCAGUCCUUUUCUAGGUAGAUCAUAUACUUAUUGGUACUGGAAUUGCCACACGCGGAUCUAGUUGAUUUUGAUGAUCCGGAACCAACUGCUAGGCUACAGGAACAUCAAACAAAUAAUAUCAGGGAUUGACAGACAAAGACAGGGGGUAUUAAGAAAGCAACUGUCUUCGGCUUAUUCAUACCCACGUAGGUCAGUCACAAACCUAAUUAAUGGCUACGGCUGAAAACACGAACGUUCGGACACCGACUGAGCUGGUGGUGCACAGUGAAGUCUGAGCGAUAGUAGCAACUCCUAAAGUAACUAAAUUAGCGCAUGUGCCUUGCAGCGGGGCUUUCAUCUUUGCAAUACAAGUGGCUGGAUGGACUCUUGCGUGAAUUUGUUCGAGCGCACGACUCCAGUACUUGCUCUAGAAGUUGAGUGUUGUUGUUGUCUGGUCGGUCACUUGCAAAAGCAUCGCACUGCGAUUGACCAACCAGUGCUUGGAGCCCCAGUUGCCCAAACUACCCCAGAACGGGCAUCAAAUGGGCCCAUUCGGUUAGUGGGCGUCUACCCAAAUCAUCAGUAGGCUAGCAGAGAUGGAUCCCUCACAGCAAUUCGUUCGACUCCUGUACACGUCACUCAUGAGGAGCACAUACGAUGAAGUUUGCUAGCGCCGGUAUGACGGUCGAGACGCCGCAUGUGAAGAAUGUACACCCAGCUAACGUGAUAGCAAGUCAUUUGGUGCAGUUAGACACAUGUUUAGUGUGGGCUAGUUCGCGUGCGGAAAGCGCAAACGGGCUAUUUUACCUGCCCUUGUGCCAAUGCCCACCAGCAGUCGUUUUGACUUCAUCUUGCCAUCGGAGCAAUGGGGGUGUGGGACGAGAGCCUCCUCCACUGUCCGAUGGUCGAGUUAUCAGGCGGUCGCCUUUUGUAGCUCCUCUUACCCUUGCAGAGCUUGUAUGCCUGAGAAGCGAAUUUUAUUCCUGAUUCUUUUGCUUUAUCUCAGUCAAAGAAUUCUUAUUUUUGAGGCCUGCGCGUAAAGAACGUUGUGGCUGGGUAGGUUGUCGCGUGCUCGCAACUCACGCCGCCCUAUUUGGCGCUUGCGUGCACUCAGAAUAAGUGCCCAAUCUGGCUCGAUGAAGACUGACUAUUGGUGAGGCAGUAAUGAAUUUCGUUUCCAUGGCGCUAAUGGUCGAGUGAUUAGAUCUCGUCUACUCAGUGUUCAGCCAAUAUUCCCAUGUUACAAUUGAAAAGUCAAUUUGGCAAGCACGUGUUUUCGGUAACUCUUCAUCAGGCCAAAACGGUAACAUAGAAGUUUACAUUAUGCGAAGUUACAGGGCUUAGAAGUGAUUCAGGGACUAUUAACACCCAUCGUUCCCACGCCACUCGCAUGACGAGGCGUGCUAUGGCGUGGUCGGCGUGUUGUGGGUCAUUGGGCCAAGGGGGCGAGGAAGAGGGGGGACAUAGGCCGUGAGUAAUGUUUGUACGUCGGGUACGUUGUGCACAUACCACUGCCAUCAGGAGGUUGGGACGAUGUUGGGGUCGGCGUCGGCCACGGAAGAUAGAGCGCCUGUGUCAAAGGCUUCUGACAGCAUAGCACUGGAUUGGCUAGCCGUAUAGCCACUGCCUCGGUUGGAGCUAGCACCCGUUGGCGUAGGCUUCUGGAGAAGCUUGCUGGCUUCCGGUAGACAACCUGAAAGUCUUUUUUGACAUCGACUCCGCGAUUCGUAUCGAUAAGAUGUGCGAGAAUAGAACUCGAGAUCGUUUUCUUUUCACUGGUGCCUAGCCAGGCCCGUAUGUGUUCACGUACUCUCUUUUCCAGGCGUCUCGUUGUACGGCCAAUUUAUCCCGCUCCACAGGAGCAAGUAAAUGAGUAAAUACACAUCGAUGUGGCCUGCAACGGGAUUCGGUCUCUACCUCCCAAGCGUAGGAGGGGAGAGUUCGUGAAACAUAUACGUAAGUUCGCCGCGGAGAAAGGACUAGUGAUCGCUGUCUUCAGACGUCUUCUUACUAGGUCACUUGCUGCAUAAUUUUAACUUCCAUGUGACCGUUUUGGCCUGAUUAAGAGUUACCGAAAACACGUGUUUGCCAAAGUGACUUUUCGAGUAUAUUUGUGUUCCCGGUCAGAGCUGUUGGCCAGGGUUAUUGCUAACUAAAUAGAGGCCUGAAACGGCUGCUGAAUCUGUCCACUGCAACUGCACAGCGCUUUCACGCAACAUGUGUGGAAUUUCUCCGAAAUUUACCCAACUUUCUUGCUCCUGCACUGUUCACCAUUGCCUAUUUAUCGGACAACCAUCCCUCUGAAGCUUCGUUCGUCCUGGUUUAGGAAACAGCGCGCAUGUGGCAGCCGCAGCUCAGGGGCAUAGCAUCUACUCAGUCGCUGCAUUCGAUCUCGCUUCAAGUUGACUUGUGCUCGACUCGCCAAUUAUGGUGGCCGUCGUCUUUCCGAAGUGUUGAAUGCUUUGCAUAACCGAUUUUUCUUUUUUCAUAUAAGAGACCAGGCCUUGUGUAACGUCAGAUCCACUUGAAUCCCCGGUUAAUAUUAUUUGUUGCCCUGUGAGGUAGUCGAUUCUAAGAGGUCGGCCGUCUAGACAACUGAAGGAAUGUAAAACAGCUCCUACGCAGACUUUAUUCCAUUGUAGAGUUCGGCCUUCCAAUGACCAUCUUACUGAUUUUUUUGUCUUGUUACGGCCACACAAUGAAUCCACAGCGCACGCCGGCAACUGGACGCCAUCCGACGCAGUCAUUGCACCUCAUAAAGAAAGAUUUACCCAGUCGAAGGAAGGAAGCGCCGGAGAGCCGGAACUAGUUAUCGGACUACACACUGAUGGAAUUAUUGAGGACCAGAAAGGAGAAGAGGAGGAGGAGGAAGAAGAAGAAGAAGAAGAGGACGAUGAGGUAGUCUCCAUUGAGAAUGAAGAGAACGAGGCGAUUGGCGUGGCUGCCCUCCUUCCCACUCCUGGUAGCCAACGCGGGAUUGUCGCCAAGGUGAACGAAAGCCUUCUGAUUCGUUCCACCUCUAGUGGCGGUGGCGGUGGUGGUGAUGUUGCCGGCAACAGCGUUUUCUCCUCGCAUCCCAGUUUCCAGUCAGCUUCCUCGUCUUCGUCUUCAGCGUCAGCAUCCUCCUCACUGUCCUCAUCGCCCACUUCCUCCCUUGCCUCUUCCAGCCUCUCGCGCCAUGCUCGCUUCUUGGACUACGACCAUUCCCACCACCUUCCCUCGCCCUCGGACAGCAGUAGUGAUUCGCAUCAUAUCAAUAGGUCAGUCGCUCUCCCUUUUGCCCCUCCUAUGUUAUGUGUAGAAACACAUGAAAUAGAUGGAAAAGAUUAUGUACAUAGGUGGGGUUGCAGUCAACAUAGUUUUAAGUUAGAUCCUACACGGUAGCAUGCUGGCUAUUGGGCGACCAUCCUUUCUGUCAUUUGUAUGGAUUGCACUCGGAAAAGUAUGAUGAAUCAGGUCAUACGUAUUUUUUCCACAGAAUUUCGAUGUCUGUAUAAAUUCGGUAAAGGAAAAGGAAAGGUUUGUAACACCUGGGGCUCGAAUUCGCGACCUGUUAGUUAGAAGUCCAACGCCUCUUCUAACUAACAGGUCGCGAGUUCGCGCCCCAGGUGUUUCACACUUUGGGCUUGGGUAUGACUGGCUGACGACGGCUAAUAAACCAUAAAUGGCCAUUCUAGUCUCCCUUGUCUUUGUCGGUAAUAGCACUCUGCCUAUACAUAGAGUGAGUGACCGAUCUCAUGAAAUGUUGGCUGAAAUUCUGAAAUGCGUUUUCGAUUAGGAAGGAUUACUUGGUCGCGGUUGUGAUACUGAUUAUUAUAAGGCAUACUCUUAUAACAUUUCGGGCUCGGCAGGAUGUCGGCUUUUAAAUGCACUUCUUUUCAAUUUCCUGUAGAAAGCGUGUUCAGUAAAAAAUGACUACUUAUGUAGCAUGCAUUUUCCCAUUGAUGUUCGAUGGUCUUGCAAAUUCAAAUAUACUUUAUAGAAACCAUAAACAAAAAUAUGCUUUCUUUUAGUCAAUCAAUAGAGAAUCACGUCUUCUUUAUAUUCUAUACUUAGGGAAGGAGUAUAAUUAGGUUUUAAAAAAGUUUUCUAAUUGCCGAAUAAUUUGGAGCCGGAUCAUUCGUUGCAUUAGCGCUUAGUGAUUUCAGCCUACAAGGUGCAUGCGUUCCGCGUAAACAAAAUCGCAUAUUUUUCUAUGCCAUUAAAGAGAUAUCAUACAGAGUCCAUAAAAUUUUGCAAUGGAUGCGGACCAUGUUGUACAUUUCAUGAGGAGCAGUGGUCAACGGCCAGGUACGAUGCUAUGUGAAUGGACAUAUCCGGUCUUAAAAAGUCUCAUAAUUGGAAACUUUUUUAAAACCUAAUUACACUUCUUCCUUGAGUAUAAAAUAUAAAGAAGACGUGAUUCUCUAUUGAUUGAUUAAAAGAAAGCAUAUUUUUGUUUAUGGUUUCUAUAAAAUAUAUUUGAAUUUGCAAGACCAUCGAACAUCAAUGGGAAAAUGCAUGCUACAUAAGUAGUCAUUUUUUACCGAACACGCUUUCUACUGGAAAUUGAAAAGAAAUGCAUUUAAAAGCCGACAUCUUGCCGAGUCCGAAAUGUUAAGAGUAUGCCUUAAGAUAAUCAGUAUUACGACCGCGACCAAGUAAUCCUUCCUAAUCGAAAACGCAUUUCAGAAUUUCAGCCAACAUUUCAUGAGAUCGGUCACUCACCGUAUAGGUAUAUUGAAAAAUAUUUUCUCUCACUCAUUUGAGUGCAGGCUGUGUCUUCUUCGAAUUUUUUACUUGAAUAAAGUGUAUCUUUCGGUUUUAAAAAUUGUUUAAUUUCCCGAAUAAUUUUGAACCCGACUGCUCGCGUUUAGGAUUCCAAAACUACAUGCAGUGUACCUGCCGCGUAGUAAAAAUCAUGCAUUUGUCUUUGCCAUUAAGAUGUCAUAUAGCUCUCAAAGUUUACUUCAUAAGCAGCAUUAAUAGACAGACAGAUACGAUGUUGUAUGAAUGAACAUCUCACAGUCUUACAAAAUCUUCCUAGUACGGAUUUUAUUAAAGUGAUAGGUACCCUUUCUUCAGUAUGAAGUUUUGGGAAGUCAUAAUUUGAUAUCAAUCUCGUACAGGAAAGAAUGCUUUUGUUCACAUUUUCUAUAAGAUAUAUCCGAAUUUGUAAUGUCAUUGUCAAUAUAUGAACAAAUGCAUACUACUUAAGCAGCGACUUUUCUCGAGUAUCGUUUUUGCGUGCGACAGUGAAAAAUCUCAUUCGGAAGCCGGACUCCUGACGUGACUGAAAUAUCUUGCUACUAUGCUUCAUGAUAAUCAAUUUUGCAAUCGUACAUGACCAAUAAUUUUUGAUCGAAAACGCAUUCCAGAAUUUUGGUUGACCUUCUACGAAACAGGCAGGCUACUGUGGGCUUGAAACAUUUUCAGUAAUCGAAAAACUUUAAAGGGGAAAAUGUUCUUUUUUCAAUAGGUAACUCGAAGUAGACGUAAAUUACUUCGACUCGAUUAUAAUAAGGGGUAUUUUCAUGCAUGUCUUCCACAGUAUAUGUUUGGAUUUAUAAGUGCAUCGAAAACCAGGGAGUUAAAGUCAUACCACUUAAGUAGUCCUCAUUUGUCGGGUGUGAUUUUUGUAUCCGGCCGGAAAGGCAUCCAUUGAAAAACCGAAAGCGUUACUUGACUGAAGUAUAUUGUACCUUCUUGCUAAUCGAUAUUACCGCUCCACUUAUGCAAUAUUUUCUAGCCUAAAUCGCUUUUCAAGGUUUUAGUUAUUUUUUAGUGAAAUACGUUACCCACUCUGAAUAACAAUUAUAAACCUAAUAAUGGUGGGCUACACAAAUAACCCCUGGAACUUUUCAUAAUUGCUUGUCGUUGGAAGCUUUGAAAACUAAGAUGCCCCCAGUUGAUUUCAUACUACAUCUGAGAAGACUAGAUCUUCUCUGAUGUGAACAGGUGAGAUAAAAGAAGUUUUUCCUAAAAUAUGGUUCAUUGUGCACGGGCAUUGAUAGUCACUGGAAACAAGUAAGCUGCUCCGGUGACAAUUUAUUUGGUGUGCGAUUUGAACAGACAGUUUGUAAAGCAUCGAAUUAAAGGCGGGGCUACUACAGUUUAGGAAUAGACUUGAUUCAAAUUCCCUGAUCAUCAGUUUUACAACCUGAUCUAAUUAACUGCUUGCAUUUGAAAGUGAAUUGAGAAAUGCUCAUCGACGUUUCCUGAGUUUCAUUGCUUUUUCAAAGCCGGCAUUUCAUCAACGCAACUUUGACAUAUAUCCAGUUACCUGGAGAAUUAAAGUGUUUACUCCGCAGAUUCUUAAUCAUAUGCUUCUACGUGCCGGCUAUUGUUUGACCAUCCCUUAACAAAAGCCUAUGAUCGGUUAGCGUUCGCGCCGCCGUGCGUCUGUUGAAUUUCGUUAUCCGUGAUCCGCCUAAGUUUCAGAGGUUGAGAGACAUUAGGGCGCUAAUCACUCAUGGCUACUAAACCUUCGUACCGAGAAUGUACUGACCAUUACUAACCUUGUUCUAAGGCGAGGCUGUACGAUUUCGAGAUCAUUAGGAUCGUUUACCGAGCACGAUUUUGAACACGGCAUAUGAUUUCGGUAAACUCGAUUUCACCUAAUCCCCUGAAACCGAGAAACCGGAGUACCCUAGGCUUCUUGGGCAAUUAAACUGUAUCCUCGAUGCUAAGCUGAUAAUUCAUAAAACGGUGUUACACUUAGAUGACAGAAUCAGUACGGCAAAUCCUGCGUUUGGGGCAGUAGUACCAUCAAGCCCGAUUUUAAAAAAUGGUGUGGAAUUCCACAAAAAUUGUUGAAAUGGAGCUAGAAUUUUCCUCUCCCGGUGGAGUACACAUCCCCACUCAUCCGUAUCCCUCUUUCCUACUCUCUAAUUAGAUCAUGACUGGUUAAAACACUUUCAAAGCUGAGAAUGAACAUCACUGCUCAGAAUGAGGCACGAGUGAGUGGCGAGGAAAGCGGAGGAGGUCUGACUUCAUUCCAGUACCAAUAACGACGAUUUUAUUUUCUUUUACAAAAACAACGUUCAGGCAGAACACCCGAGAUACACCUGGCAGCAAGCCAAGUUCAAAUGCUGAAUAACUAAAAUAUGGGCAACUUGAACUGUCAUAGGCCAGUCAUUUGGCCCAAUCACGUGCGACUCACGACAGUCGUAAAUCGCGGGCGAAUCCAACGUUGCUAACAACAGACAAUAGGAAAAAAUGCCUUCUUGAAUAGGCUUCCUGUUAGAGAGAAGACAAUAACUCGCCCACCUCGAUAACGGUAAGGAAAUGAAGUCUUCAAGGUCUAAACAGAUAAAGCAUGUUAUAGUCUGUCAUUAUAAUACGGAGAAGGCAAUCAGGAAACUCGCGUAGCGAAGAAACUUGUGUCGCUUUCCAAAGUCGGUUUUCCGAUCCCACGAUUUUCGGGCGGAUUGCAGCGCUGAUGACUUACCGCCAACUGCACUAAGAAAAUGACUGGUACGUAUUGUCAAGAUUAAGUUAUGAAGACCGGCAUUGCAGGAGCUAUUCUCCACGCCUGGUGCAGCUUUGUUCCCCUCUGGUCUGCGGAGCGUAUUCUAUUCUCAAACCCUCUUCAAACGUCGAUGAGAUUUAGUGUUUCUUGAUCAUGGCGUGACUGGUGUGCCACACGUAGGCGACUAUCACAAGUCCGUCUUUUACAGGCCGUGUUUUCUCGGUAGUCUUAGGCUCCGUAUGACUAUCUUGUCUUCGUCAUGGCGUAUGUAAUGACGUAGGACUUAAUAGGCCGAAGGAAGGUCAAGAUGCCUGUUGAUUGAGUUGGCAUCUCAGUACCCAAGCCUCGGGUGUGAGACGCUCUGUCCUUGAGGUGCCCCUGCCUAAGACGCCGUAACGAAGACAAGGCAGUCAUACGGAACCUAAAACUACCAAGCAAACACGGCCUGUCGACCACUUCACCCAAAAGGGGAACACAAACGCAACUAACCCCAAUUGAGGUGGAGACACACAAUACAGGAGGCCACAAACACUCUCAGGCGACGGCCAGUAGGCCAAGGCAACGAAAGAAGAGAAAAAAAUCGAUCACCCCAAGGCCAGCUAAUCCGGCUGUCUAUUCAAAAUUCUGAUCAAUUUUUCACUAGACGCUUUGAUAAUGGAGAGCCGUCUCAGCUCUUCGAAACGUUAACCGAACAAGUCUCUCGAUCUGGUGAGCACUUCAUUUUCCUCAGGUCGGUCUUCUACUUUCACAGUAGUGCUUCGCGGCCUCAAUUCGCUUCUAUCGUACAUGCCUGAAUUUCUAUCAUAAAAUUGUUGCUGUAUAUGCUUUUGUUGUCAGUCCUGGGUCACAUGUGUUCGCUUGUAAAAGGGUGAAGUCUGUCUCUUAAACCGCUUUUCGUCACCCCUUACGUGUUUGGCGAACUGACGGAUGGUGCACUUAAGGGCUUUAAAGAUGGCUUACAUCUUGGUCAGUAAGGUAGUCCCACAAAUCCGUUAUUAUCUCAUGAACCAUUUUUGCCCUUGCGCUGUGCAGUGAGGAUGUGGAUCCAAUCGCCCUGUUGGUGGGAAUCACUGGUCGGGACGCCGAGCUCUUGCGCACACUGCCGAAAUGCCGUCGGCAGCGGAUACUCACCCGUAUGGAGAGCCUCUCGAAGUUUAUCAACCACACCCUCCUGCGUCUUAACAACGAGCUGGCAGGAGAGUUGCAGGAACUUUUUGAUCAACAGGUGAAUCUCAAUGUCCAAGUCCACCAUUUAUCACUUAUUCAUCAGCAGCAGCAGCAACAACAACAACAACAGUCUUCCAGGUCACAAGGGUCAACUGAACUACCUGCGUCGCUCCCUCUCUCCCCAGUACCCCCAAGGAAAUUCAGCUGA